AUGGUAUCAACACUUUUAACGAAAUUAGUCUUAUUGGCUACGGUCAUAGAUAUUGUCUAUUCAGUAGCUAUCUAUGAGCAAUGUGCUGGUGAAGGCUAUGGUAAUUUUCCUUGCGACAAUGGUAUGGCAUGUUUUCGUCGAAAUAAAUGGUUUUCAUCAUGUCAAUACAGUUGUCCAUUGAAUCUUGGUUGGGAAUGUGAAGCUUACAUUACAUUAGCACCAGCCUAUGCUGCUGGGUGGGCCCAAUGUGCCGGUGAAGGUUGGGGUAAUGCAAAAGCAUGUCCAGCUGGUUAUGCUUGUUAUGCUCGAAGUAUCUAUUAUUCUCAAUGUCGUCCAAUUGGUGAUUGUCCAGCAGAUUGGGGAUGCUAUGCAUUUAUUCAUUCAACCACUCCAAUUCCUCGUCCAGUUACUUUACCUGCUUAUACAAAAUGUAACGAUGUUGCAAACGCAGUCUGUCCAACUGGAACAGCAUGUUUUCGAAACAAUGCUUUAUAUGCCGAAUGUCGUCCAGCUUGUCCACCGACAUGGGCCUGUGAAACAGAUGUAGCCCAAGACAAGGAACAGUGUGGAGGUGCGGGAUAUGUGGGUCUAACACGCUGUGCUGAAGGCCUUCGUUGCUAUGUACGUAACCAAUUGUACGCCCAAUGUGCACCAUCAUGCCCAGGAGCUGAUUUUAUUUGUUAA